CUAGGCAGGGGUUGGCUUUUGUUUGAAAUCCAUCCUUCUUCUACAGACUCGGUGUAAAACACACCAUUAAAAUACCUUAAUCUUCUUGCUCUCUCCGCUCUCUUCUCCAUAACACAAAAUCUCUUUUACACUCACAACUAUAUAUAUAUAUAUAUAUUGUUGUGCACAGAUUCCGUUUGUAGAAUUCCAUCCAUACAGGUUGAGAAAGGGAAGAAGAGCGAAUUGAGAAUCAUUCCAUUUCAAGAAAAGUGGGAAAUUUCCACCCAAUUUCGUGUUUCCCCGGUGAGAUAAGCUCUGGAAUUGGCAGGGGAAAGCGAUAUAUUGUUGUUGGUGAAGGGAGAGAGAGAACGAGUGAGCGUGGAUGUAUCUUUAUCCGCAUGUAUAGGUAAUGCAUCAGAAGAAAUCUGAAGUUCAGAUCGGAAAAGAAAGCAGCGGCGUCUCUUCCGAUUUCAACCCUACCCUGCUUUCUUCGUCUUCUUCGCUUUACCAGAAACACAAUAAUCCCCAUCUCGCCCCCAACGCUUUCUUCUUUGCGGCGCCUCCUUCUCCGCCUCCGCCUUCUCCCUCUGCUGCUUCCCCGCACAAUACAACCCUUCAAAUCUUCAUCAACGAUGGCUAUGACUCGAUUCCGCCUUCUCCCACCGCUGCCCCGCCGAUGGUGGUGCCAAAUAGCAAGACCACCCCUCAUAAGAGACCCCUUUUGGGGGUCUCCUCCAAUAACCCUUCCAAUUCUUCUUCCAGCUCCAUCGUCAAAUCCCCCACUUUGAGCAAUUCUCUUCACAAAUAUUCAUUUUCUUCCGCUCCUCCUCCGCCGGUGGCCAAGGGUCAACAUUCUUUUAGAAUUAUGGGUGUCCAUGUUUACCAUCAGCUUCGUCACCUUCGCCGUGUUGUCCGGGUUCACCUCCGCCUCAUCCUCCUCCUCUCCUUGCCAUUUUUCUAUUUUCUGGUUUCUCAUCCCACUAACUCCUUUUUUCUUGAUUUCCUCUCGGCUUUUGCCUUCUCGGCAGCUCUGUUGUUUUCUUUGAAUUUGGCCCUUCCCAGGCUGCCCUCCAUUCGGUUGUUCCUUGCUAGGUCUUUACCAAUUAAGCUGUCCUUGUCAAACCAAGUGUCCAGAAGGCCUUUGCCCGUAUUUUGGUCUAUCGGGUCUCGGCCUAAGUUUGAGAAAAAGGUGAAUUCUGGGAAUUUUGUGCAGGCAUAUAGAAAUGGGGAUGUGUAUGAGGGUGAGUUUCACAAGGGGAAAUGCAGUGGGAGUGGUGUUUACUAUUAUUACAUGAGUGGAAGGUAUGAAGGUGAUUGGGUUGAUGGGAAGUAUGAUGGCUAUGGAGUUGAGACGUGGGCGAGGGGGAGCCGGUAUAGAGGCCAAUAUAGGCAAGGACUUAGGCAUGGUUUUGGAGUUUAUAGGUUUUAUACAGGGGAUGUUUAUGCAGGAGAAUGGUCAAAUGGGCAGAGUCAUGGGUGUGGGGUGCAUACCUGUGAUGACGGUAGCCGAUAUGUUGGUGAAUUCAAAUGGGGUGUCAAGCAUGGCCUUGGCCACUACCAUUUUAGGAAUGGUGACACUUAUGCUGGAGAAUAUUUUGCUGAUAAGAUGCAUGGAUUUGGGGUUUAUUGCUUUGCAAACGGGCAUCGUUAUGAAGGAGCUUGGCACGAAGGCAGGAGACAAGGAUUGGGAAUGUAUACUUUUAGAAAUGGAGAAACUCAGUCAGGUCACUGGCAAAAUGGGGUUCUUGACAUUCCAAGCACACAAAGUGUGUCCUAUCCUGUAUCUCCUGUUGCUGUUUACCACUCAAAAGUGCUUAAUGCAGUCCAGGAAGCACGACGAGCAGCUGAGAAAGCAUAUGAUGUUGCUAAGGUGGAUGAAAGGGUGAACAAGGCAGUAGCAGCAGCGAACCGGGCAGCUAAUGGAGCAAGAGUAGCAGCCGUGAAAGCUGUGCAAAAGCAAAUGCAUCAUCGGAGAAACAGUGACGAGCUUCCUAUUCCCAUCGUGUAAAAGCAAAUGCAUCAUCAAAGUUGGGCUUAGAACCGGCUCUCGCCUUUUAAAGCUGCACGUGGGGAGCGGAUAAAGAGCCAGCCAUAUGGUAUCACUUCUACACAGUACAGUACCUAUCUACUACUUGGUCAUUUGUUAACUUCUAAAGUAGCCCAGUAUAAUUAGAGCGCUGGAGCCAAGGGAAAACCUGACCCAGCCGGCUUUGUGUACGUAUAAUAUUAAUGACUUCUGAAAAUUGAGUUCUUUUUAAGAAAUCCUUAUUCUUGAUCA